GGUAAUCAUACCUACCUGCUCGUGCUUGCCUUGCUCGCAUUACAAUGGUUGCGUCCUGUAUUGACGUUUGCCUGGGUCCAUCAUCGCUGUGGUGCUGAAGAGAAACGAACCUGUGCGGCCGAAACGAACCUGUGCGGCCGUAGCGAGUGUAUGCUGCUGCGAACGAUGAGGAGGUUUCUGUGGAUCUGCAGCGGUUGAAUUUCACCACUUCGCCCACUUAUUGCUGUGUUCUUGAUUUUAUCCCUCAAAAACCUGGACUCUACCGGCGCAGUUUAUGAAGACCCAGUGUGGACAGUAAUGACCUCACCCUCCCAGUUGCCAGCUGGCAGUAACUACAAUGACCGAGCAUCAGAGCUGGCACAAGACAGGCAGCACACAGAGGUGGUCUGUAAUGUUCUUCUGCUGGAUAACACAGUUCAAGCCUUCAAAGUUAACAAGCACGAUCAAGGACAGGUCCUGCUGGAUGUAGUGUUUAAACACCUGGAGCUGACGGAGAGAGACUACUUCGGCCUCCAGCUGGCCGACGACUCCUCAGACAGUCAGAGGUGGCUGGAUCCGACCAAACCCAUCAGAAAGCAAUUAAAAGGGGGGUCUCCACACAGUUUAAAUUUUAGGGUUAAAUUCUUUGUAACCGACCCCAAUAAACUUCAGGAGGAGUAUACAAGGUACCAGUACUUUUUGCAGAUUAAACAGGACAUACUUAGUGGAAGACUGCCGUGUCCAUACAUCACAGCCGCUCUUCUUGCUUCAUACGCUGUUCAAUCUGAGCUAGGGGACUACAGUCAGGACGAGAACUUGCCCGGCUACCUCUCCGAAUACUCUUUCAUCCCCAACGCACCACAAGACUUUGAGAAAGAGAUUGCCAAACAGCAUCAGCAACACAAGGGACUGCCUCCUGCCCAGUCAGAGUUCAAUUAUCUAAACACAGCACGGACGCUAGAGCUCUAUGGAGUCGAAUUGCACUAUGCAAGGGAUCAAAGCAACACUGAGAUUUUAAUCGGAGUGAUGUCAACUGGGAUUGUCACCUAUAAGAACAGGGUACGAAUCAACUGCUUUCCAUGGCUACAGAUUGUAAAGAUCUCGUUUAAAUGUAGACAGUUUUUUAUUCAACUCCGAAGAGAAUUGAAUGAGAGCCGUGAGGCGCUGUUAGCCUUUCACAUGGUGAACUACCGAGCCUGUAAGAACCUAUGGAAGGCCUGUGUAGAGCACCACACCUUCUUCAGACUGGACCGACCCUUACCACCACAGAAGAACUUCUUUGCACAUGUCUUCCAACUGGGCUCCAAGUACCGCUACUGUGGUAGGACAGAGGUGCAGUCUGUCCAGUACGGCAAGGAGAAGGGCAUCAAGGACAGGGUGUUCGCCAGGUCUCCCAGUAAGCCCUUGGUGAGGAGGCCGAUGGGUGGAAGGAUGGACUGGGAGUCAGUCAGCCGGAACUCCAGAGCCUCUCUGUCUGACGACCGCCUGGAGACCCAGAGCCUGCCCACACGCUCCCCACCAGGCACCCCCAACCACAGGAACUCCAAGUUUGCACAAGAGCGCCUGCGGCCGUCCUCCGUGGGACACCUGCUGGACCAUGUGAUCUACCACGACCAUGCCUCGCCCUGCCCGACCUUCGCUAAUCACAAGUCAGCCUCCUCAACCCAGGCCAACUCCAUCAGCCUAGAUUCUACCCCGUCACCAGACUCGACCGUCGACGGCCAGCCGCCAGCUCUUCCCCCUAAGCAGGCCAGGAGGCCUCUGUGCAGUCAGUCCCAGUCCCACUCUCAGCAGGAGUUGGACAACCACAUCAAUGAGCUGUACGACACGCCUCUGUCAGAAGACAAGACUAUGCCCAAUGGAGUGCUUCCUCAUGACAAUCUGGUGUUCAUUAAAAUGUGCCCCGACGAACAAGGACGAUUUGGAUUCAAUGUGAAGGGUGGGCUGGACCAGAAGAUGCCUGUGAUCGUGUCCCGAGUGGCCCCGGGAACAGCGGCUGACCUGUGUGUUCCCCGGCUGAACGAGGGAGACCAGGUGGUUCUGAUUAACGGUCAGGACAUCUCAGAGCACACCCACGACCAGGUGGUCAUGUUCAUCAAGGCCAGCUGUGAGGAGAGCGACUCAGGAGAGCUGAACCUGCUGGUCAGACCCAACGCCAUGUAUGACCUGGUGGAGGAGGAGAAGCUGGAGGAUGGAGAUACGGAGUCUAACUACCAGUACUCCCCAGAGAGGGCUCCCCAGGACCAGCCCCAGGACCAGCCCCAGUCCCAGCCAGACCACCACCCAUCCUGCUGGAGAGACUCCAUACUACAGCUGAAAGAAGGCUUGAGCACUGGGGCCGUACAGCAACAGUUUGAUCAACUCUACCGGAAAAGGCCUGGAUUGACAAUGUCAUGUGCCAAAUUACCUCAGAACAUUUCCAAAAAUCGAUAUCGAGACAUUUCACCAUAUGAUGCAACCAGGGUUAUUCUGAAGGGCGAGGAUGGGGACUAUAUCAAUGCAAAUUACAUCAAUAUGGUGAUCGCAGCAUCCAGUGCUGUAAACCGCUACAUCGCGUGCCAGGGCCCGCUGCCCGCCACCUGCUCUGACUUCUGGAGGAUGACUUGGGAACAGGGCUCCAACAUGGUGGUCAUGCUCACCACGCAGGUGGAGAGAGGACGGGUGAAGUGUCAUCAGUAUUGGCCCAACUCUGGUGCCAUCGCUACCCAUGGGGACUUCCAGGUGUCCUGUGUGACAGAAGAAGGGAAAUCAGCAUUUCUGGUCAGAGAGAUAACUCUCACACACCUGGAGAGUGGGGAGAGCAGGCCGCUGACUCAGAUCCAGUACAUGGCCUGGCCUGACCACGGUGUCCCAGACGACUACACUGACUUCCUGGACUUUGUCAGUCUGGUCCGCAGAAAGAGGGAGGGCAAAGAGGAGCCGGUGAUAGUACACUGCAGCGCUGGGAUUGGUCGGACUGGGGUGCUCAUCACCAUGGAAACAGCCAUGUGUUUGAUUGAGUGCAAUCAGCCCGUGUAUCCAUUGGAUAUCGUGAGGACAAUGAGAGACCAGAGGGCCAUGAUGAUCCAGACCCCGAGCCAGUACAGGUUUGUCUGUGAGGCGAUCCUCAAGGUGUACAAGGAGGAGCUGGUCAAACCCCUGACACCCGUAGAGUCUCUGACACCCACAAAGCCCCUGACACCCGUAGAGUCUCUGACGCCCACAAAGCCCCUGACACCCGUAGAGUCUCUGACGCCCACAAAGCCCCUGACACCCGUAGAGUCUCUGACGCCCACAAAGCCCCUGACACCCGUAGAGUCUCUGACGCCUACAAAGCCCCUGACACCCGUAGAGUCUCUGACGCCCACAAAGCCCCUGACACCCGUAGAGUCUCUGACGCCCACAAAGCCCCUGACACCCGUAGAGUCUCUGACGCCCACAAAGCCAGAGGUAGAGACAGAGACAGAGUCGGCUUUAGACCUGCUGGGACGGACGGACUGACUGACUGACUGACACAGGGCUGCAUGGGCCUAAGCAACACCCUCUUCUUCCACAGCCUGUCUGUCUGUCUCCCUAUGUCUCAGUUACAAUAGUUUCUUCCCACAUCUUGAGUCUGGCAAGAGAGACUAGUCACAACCAUGGAGACGACUACCGACAACCACUCAAACUGGCCUGGGAGGGGAAACAAAGCACCGUUGCACUUUAUGACGACAAAACGCGAUACUUUGGAGAAUUAACGGAAGAAGAAAAAAAGAAAAGAAGUUACGAUGAUCAACUGGAAUUUGGGAUGUUAGCAAGUGUCCCGGAUCAAGGGACAAGUGAGAAACAGAACAGUAGCUGGGUUGGAUUAUAUUGCUGUAGUGUCAUUACUUUCAGACAAACCUUCAUAAUGAACAGGACAACUCAAUGGAACGUGGACUGACUUUUGUUUUCAACCCAUCAGUGCAUCAUCAUCAGGUGUCACAUCAGUGGUUUCUUCACAGACUAGUCUUUCUGUCUUUGAUUACUCCAUAGACUUAAGAGUCCGUUUUCUUUUUUAAAUGGAAAACUAUUCAUCGCCAACUAAAGAUCCGUUCAGAAGUGGGUUGACCCUCUAUGUGAGGUCCUAGUAAAGCGCUCUGACUUCUACUCUAUGGUACUACUCAUCUUAUCAUCUCGUUAUUUCUCUCAUUGAGGCUAUAGGUUGUCCGAUUUGUUUCGAUCAGAUGGGUACUUUUUGAGCUUUUAUAUUUAUUAGUCUGCGGAUUGGAAUCAUAUCCAGUGCAAGUUCUUACAGCUCCAAGUCCUUUGUGAAGGUGUUCCAGACCAGGGUAAAGGCAGGGUAGGUUAGAAACAAUGGAGGCUGUUGAGGGGACGACGGCUCAUAAUAAUGGCUGGAGUGCAGUCGUUGGCAUGGCAUCAACCACAUGGAAAACCACGUGUUUGACGCCAUUGACUCUAUUCCAGCCAUUGUUAUGAGCCGUCCUCCACUCAGCUACCUCCACUGGUUAUGAGAGGCAUCCCUCCCCCUUUACCAUCUCAUUAGCUGAUUACCUGUCAUUGAGCUCGGCACGUGGUGGUGGUGUUGUCGCUGUUAUUUUCGAGGCAGCUAUUCAACUUUGAUUCGAGAUGGCUCAUCAUGUGAUGUUACAUCAGUUUCUCGAAGAUACUAUACGACCAGGCCAAAACUGGGUAGUAUUUCUAUGCAGGUUUUGUUAUUGCUAGUAACAUAGAAUGAUCUUGCCGUGCAGGAUUGGGUUGGUACAGUACAUAGGUGGUUUAUCAAGUGUCAUUGCAUCAGAUUUUGAAAUUGAAUAUGAGGUAUUCAGAGCUCUCUGAAUAAGUGUUGUUUUUUUGUUUGUUACCAUGGUACUGUACAUCAGGAUUUUAGGCAGUUGGUGUACAGUACAUACAGACGGUACAUACAUUACAUUAAAAAGACUGAGCUUUCAGGACCAAUAGGUUUUUAACCUUGUGAGUAAAAGAAAAUGUUUUCAAAUUAACCAUGUGUUGAAAAGCUGUAAGGCUCAAGCUAUAGAUUUGCUUCUGAUAUUUUUAAAAGAAACCAUUUUUGCUUCUUGGGAAUGGACAGCACUUUUCAACUGAACGUGUAGCAUAUUUGCUGCUAUGUAUGAUUAGACCCCCAAAAAUGAUUUUGGAAUUGUAUAUAAUUUUAUCCGUUUUUGUUGGAUAUAGACACCACUAUAGGAAAUUUAAGCUAUAUGGUGUCAUCUAGAUUUGUGUGAUGUAACUAGUGUAAAUUUACUAUGUUAUAAAUUAAGGCAUAAUUAAAAUAAUGUGAGACAAAGUUAUUUUUAUAAGAACAGAAAGGUUCAAAACUUUUCCACUUGUGUAAAGUCCUGCUGGAAUUAGAAAUGAUUGUUAUGGGAAAGCAUUGCAAUAGAUGUAUGCUGUGUAAAAGUGCUCCCCAUAAGUCCAGUGGCAGUGGAAAGAAUUGGGACGGGCAACAUGAAGCUCUGUACACUGACAAAUUCCCAUGAUUUCUGGUUGAAUCAAUAGAUGUGAUUGUGCUUUUGAAAUCAGAAAGCUGGCUUGGUUGGCUUGGUCAAACUUAAUGUUGCUGAUACUUCUACAGUGCAGUACCUCGCUGACAAUGUUUACAAUGGUUCGUGAGUUGGUUCUGUGAUUUAAAAAGGACGUGUAUCUACUGAAAGUCGGUGUGUUUACAAAAGCUGUUGUGCGAUGGGGGAACUUUGGCCCAAUCAGAUCACUCGCCUCUCUGCGUCCCAAAUGGCACCCUAUUCCCUAUGUAGCGCACUACCUUUGACCGGGCUCUGGCCAAAAGUUGUGCACUAGAUAGGGAGCCAUUUGGGACUUAGACAGCGUCUACCACUUCACCAUGAAAUAGACUGAGGCACUGGAAUGUUUAUUUUACCAGGUUGUCCCAUUUAAGGUCAAACGCCUCUUUUUCAAGGGAAACCUGGGUGCUAUGUUUUGUUUUUAUUGCGCGAUGCUUUUCUACCUUAUCAUCAUCAUCAUCAUCACUUAGUAAUAGUACAACAUUCUGCACAACUCUGAUGUAAAUAUAAGCUUAAUCUGUGAACUAGUGAAAUAUAUUUAAAGAUCAAUCAGGAUGAUGUACAAAUGUAAUGUUUGUGGUGAAGCUGUACAGAAAUUGAAUGUAUCCAUCUCAAUCUUUUAGUUGCUCAAAAACUUAAGGGAUGUACAAUUUCACUUUUGAGGGGAAAUAUUUUUCAUACUACUGUACUUGUAAAUGCAGGUAAAUAUCAGAUUCUCCAUUGUCUCAAUGGGCUCUGCCUGGUCUGCGACAUGCUCUGUGUUUUUGUUGUAAAUAGGAGCCAUAUCAUGUCAGUGAAGUGCCAAUGUUCUGUAAGUAAAGUCUAAUUUCUGCUGUA